AUGAGGCCAAACAAGCCUGGCAAGACGCCAAAGUCUUGGCCUGGACUGUACACCGUUGUCGAAGACGAUGAAGCAGAAGUGCCACGUUCCCCCUUAAUCACCAGCGCCGACGCUUUCCACUUUCCCGCCAAUAUCCAUGAUUGGCUACCGUUCCCCCUUGUCCAUCUGGCUCCUCCACCAGCCGGAUUUGACUUUAAUCCUAUCUCUAAUCGCUUCGUUCGUGAUGCUUCUCGUCAGCCACCCCAUUUCAAUACUGAGGUUGCAAAUGAUUUAACGGGCAGGCUAAGAAGUCGACUGAUCAACUUGCCUUUGAGACCAACCUUUCCCACCAACGCCGCGGCCCUAUCCGCCGCCACGAGUGGACCAAAAGCUAGCUUUGCAACUGUUAUGGCAAACCUUCCACCCGUGUCAAGCCCACUCUUACCCUUGCCACUUGACGUUCUGGAGGCUCUGAAGACCAUCACCGGUGAUUUGGGGUUCAAGUGGUUUUGGGAGCACAAGCGUCACAACCCCUAUUCCUUGGAGGACAUGCGCAACAUGCGACUUCCCAAUGUCGUAUCCACUUGGCUUAACGAGCGCGUAAUCUCCGGCCUCACAUGGCAAUCUAUCACCAGACUGCUAUCAUGUCCGGACCUUUUCCCAGUAGGUGGCCAUUUGUACCUUACCUUACAUGAUUGA